AUGCCUCCGAACAAUAAGAAAAAGAAGAAGCCCGCCUCCAACCCGGCUCGUGGCUUUGCCACGGUUUCUAUGCCAUCGAAACCUAAGCCUGAGAGCACUGCGACCCCAUCCCCGGCUACUGAAGAAUCGAAACCCACGCCAGUGAGCGAGCCACAGACUGCACGUACCGAAGAGCGCCCAGCAGAGACCAGCGCACCACAGGCAGUGACAUCAUUGCAAAACUACACACCAGAGGAGUUGGAGAAGCAUCUUGAAGAUGCUGAGCUUCAGAUCCUCGUCGACAAAUACGCAACAAAAUGCAAAAAUGAUGCGGUUCGCCAGGCUACGAAGCUGGAGAAUGAACGGCGCGUCAUGCGACAGCAAUCCGUGACAUUGAGUCUCCUGGAGUGGUUACCGACAAACAUUCAAGAUAGAAUCCUCGAACUAUCCGGGACUGAAGAGCACGAAUACCUCUUAGCAAGCGGAAAGACGACAAGUCCGAAACAAGCUGGUUCCGAGGAGGAAUUAUAUAACAAGCUCUGGACAUUGAAGGAGACACUGAUCAAACUCGAAUUCCCGGAAAACAGGGUUGAGGACGCCUUGAAGCAUGUUCUGCAGUAUUUCGCCAGCAAUUCAACCAGCGCCAGUCGCGAUGUUGUGUGGAACUUGGACGAAGCGCUGGAAUGGUUGGCUACAUAUAGUGAUAAGAAGGAACUUCCCUCUUAUACACAGACAAAUGCUCGGCAAAAGGUUGCAGACAGUGUCACUUCAUGGAUGACCGAAUCGAAGCCGUCAGGGACUUCGACUCCUAAUGGACAAAGUAAGAACAAGCAAGGUGGCCAGAAAGCGGACUGGAAAGCAAACAAGGUUGCACCUUCUAUUUCAUACGAUUCGGACAGCUCGGUCGACCCAGAUGUCAUGGUUCCUGAAUGGCUAGAGUUGCAAACUCGAUUGUACGGUCUUCAGCCAGAUAUCUUCGAUCGCCCUGGAAAGAGCAAGAAAGGCCGCGGGGGUGCUUCGAAUUUAUCAGAUGACCCGGAAGUCUCCAAGGUGCAGCGUAAAAUCGCCAAGAUCGAGCGCGAUGUUCUAUUCGAAAAGCGGGAAGCAGAGUACCUUUGGGAAGAAAAGCUGGAUGAACUCAGAAAGGAUGCAACAUUUGUUCGCCGCCCGGUGGAGAGAAAGAAGAACCCUCCGGUCGAAGAAGAGCCUCAAUCCGAGGUCAAUGUAGACGCAGAUAUGGCUGCUCUGCAGAUUGAUGGAUUAGAAAAUGCUCUUGGGGAUAUGUUCGCAGCUGAGCCUGAAGAUCAAGGGUCUAUAUUGGGUCUCCCUCCUCCUGAGGUGAACGCCCAAAUUGCACUUCGUGACUUUGGAAAGCAGACAGGCUUGACUCCACGACGAAUCUUGGAGGAAAGUUGCAAGGCAAGAGACUCAUCUUGUACCGUUGUCUACCAGGACUUUUCUUCAUCCAGCCAUUCCAACAGAAAGGCAGCUGAGGUGCGAUGGUCGAAGCCCCAAGAGGUGCCAUUUUCAUUAGCUGUGGAGUCAAUUACCCACAAGUCUAAUGCCAUGGCGACUUUUGUGUCAAUGGAUGCCCUCGCAACACCGACUUCACAGCAGGCCGAGGGAUACGUGUCAACCUUGCUUCUAUUCAUCUUGUUCCCCCAGAAUUCUAAAGAGGGCAAGGCCUACCUGCGGUUGCCAGCAGUUUGGAGAGAUCUCUGGACUGAGUUUGCAACUCUGAAAAAGACCCAAGAGGACGAGAUCGACAAAUCGACUGUCAAGGAAUUAAAACUUCUGAUUCAAGAGAAUCCGAGCAACUUCGAGGAUGAUGUCGUGCUCUCUGACAAUUUCCGCAAGAGAAACGGCGUUGGUAGUAAGCCAGGGGCCCCGGUAAGAGGCUCAGGACGUGACAACUUAUCUGGUAUCGAUGAUCAGUUGAGGGACGCGUGGAUGGCAAAGUCAUCGACACCAUCUUUCCACCGAAUGAUGCAGGGUAGAAUGAACCUACCAAUCUGGGGCUUCAAGGAAGAUAUUUUGCACACUCUGGACAGUCACCGUGCCUUGAUCAUUUGCAGUGAGACAGGAAGUGGAAAGAGUACUCAGAUUCCGUCGUUCAUUCUUGAACACGAGAUGCUCAAUGGCCGGCCUUGCAAGGUCUAUGUGACUGAGCCGCGUCGUAUCUCUGCCAUCUCACUUGCUCGUCGUGUUAGCGAAGAGCUCGGAGAGAGUAAGAACGACGUGGGAACGGCUCGCUCGCUGAUUGGUUUUGCAGUUCGAUUGGAGAGCAAGCUCACUCACUCAACAAGAUUGGUCUACGCAACUACUGGUGUGGUUGUACGCAUGCUCGAGCGCCCUGAUGACUUCCAAGAUAUCACUCACGUUGUUCUUGAUGAGGUUCACGAGCGCACAAUCGAUAGUGAUUUCCUGCUCAUUGUGCUUCGGCGUCUCAUGGAGAAGCGACCUGAUUUGAAACUGAUCCUCAUGUCAGCUACUCUCGAGGCGCAGCGAUUCUCAAAUUAUCUUGGGGGUGUUCCUGUAAUGAACAUCCCUGGGCGAACUUUCCCCGUGGAAAUGAAGUAUCUGGAAGAUGCAGUCGAGAUGACCAACUACCGUCUUUCAGAGGACGAUCACCAUACAGUUUUUGAUGAUGAUAUGGACGAUCCACCGACCGAUGCAGACACAUCCGGAGGUCUUCAAGCCAGUCUUGACGGCUAUUCCAGACAGACCAAGGAGACCAUUCUAAACAUUGACGAAUACAAACUGGACUACGAGUUGAUCAAGAGAUUGCUUCUCAAGAUUGCUACGGCUCCUGAGAUGGAUCACUAUAGCAAGGCUAUCCUGGUCUUUAUGCCUGGAUUGGCGGAGAUUCGCCGUUUGAACGAUGAGAUUCUGUCUGAGCCAACUUUCCAGAGAAACUGGAUUAUACACGCACUUCACUCAUCGAUCGCCAGUGAAGAUCAAGAGAAGGCUUUCAAUGUGCCCCCAGAGGGCAUCAGGAAGAUCGUGAUCGCAACAAACAUUGCAGAGACAGGUAUCACAAUCCCGGAUAUUACGGCUGUGGUCGAUGCGGGAAAGGAGAAGAUGAUGCGCUUCGACGAGAGACGUCAAUUGUCUCGACUUGUUGAGUCAUUCAUCUCCCGUGCCAACGCUAAGCAGCGACGCGGUCGUGCUGGUCGUGUCCAGAAUGGUAUCUGCUUCCAUCUGUUCACCAAACACCGCCAUGAAAAGCUGCUUGCCGAACAGCAAACACCCGAACUGCUUCGACUUUCCCUGCAAGAUCUGGUGCUCCGAGUGAAGAUCUGCAAAUUGGGAGAAGUAGAGCAGACACUCCUCGAAGCUCUCGACCCGCCAUCAUCGAAGAACAUCCGACGUGCCAUUGAUUCUCUCAAGGAAGUCAAGGCACUGACCAGUAACGAGAGUCUAACAUCUCUCGGAACCCAAUUGGCCAAGUUGCCGCUAGACGUCUUCCUAGGCAAGAUGAUCAUCCAUGGUGCCUUCUUCCGAUGCUUGGAUGCGACUGUCAGCAUUGCUGCCAUUCUCUCUUCCAAAUCACCGUUCGUAAAUACAAUUGGUUCCAAUUCGCAGCGUGAUGGGGCUCGGGUUUCAUUCCAGAAAGGUGACUCUGACCUCUUAACUGUAUACAAUGCAUACUGCAGCUGGAGACGCGUCCGAAGCACACCAGGCUCGAACGAGUUUGCCUUCUGCCGAAAGAACUUCCUCAGCCCGCAGACAUUGCUCGGCAUCGAAGAUAUCAAAAUGCAGUUGGUAGUAUCAAUUGCUGACGCAGGUCUUCUGACGUUGGAUGCAUCCCAAAAAGCGGCGCUCAACCGCGCGCGCUCCAACAGUCGAAAUCGGCAAUUUUUCACUAUCCCAGAAGAGUUCGACCUCAACAGCAGCAAUGAUGUCGUAGUCAACUCUGUCAUCGCCUGGAGUUUCUACCCGAAGCUUUUGACGCGCGAAGGUAAAGGCUGGCGCAACGUCGGAAACAACCAAACGGUGGCACUGCACCCGACCUCGAUCAACAAACGAGCAGACUCGUCUGUGAAGUGGCUUUCAUACUACCAUAUCAUGCAAGCGCGCAACCGAAACCUCAACGCGCACGAUACUAGCGCGGUUGAUGAUUUCGCUAUAGCCCUGCUGUGUGGCGAUGCAGAGUUCAAGCUAUACUCCGGUGUCAUCUCCAUCGACGCAAAUCGCGUUCGUUUCGCCCUGCGAGACUGGAAGUCCAUGCUUGCGCUGAAAAUUCUCAACAGUCGCCUGCGCGAAAUUCUCUCCAACACUUUCCGCAACCCUCACCGUCCACUGUCUUAUAAGCAGCAGCAGUGGAUUGAUAUCUGGCAACAGAUCUUCACUCAGGCUGGCAAGCGUUGA